AUGGCACAGGCUUUAGUGCAUUGGCAUCGCAUCCUUCUCUCCUUGGUCGCCCUUUGUCCCGUCGACGGUCCCCUUUCAACUUUUACAACUCACUUUGAACCCCGGCAGACGUCCCGGUAUCAAGUCCCGAAGGCUGAGGCUUCAGCCCAUACAUCAAAAUCUACACUUCCAAGCAACAGUGUCAAUCCGCUCAAGCAGCCCAUCAUGUCUUCAGUCAUGUCGGAAAAGUCGACCUCUCGAUCGAAGCGCAACUCCCCAAAACGCAGUCUUGCGCCCAGCUCAGCAACAAGCGACGCAAAACGUCGCAAGAGCGAGCACGUCAAGAAAUUCACCGAAAUGAAACUCGACGACGUCGAACAGAUCUUUCAGAAGUCCCGUGACGCUCUCAACAAAGCAGAGGAGCUGUACCAAGACGCUGAAAAAGCGCGCACCGAGAAGCUAGAGACCUACAUGAAUGCCACAAAGGCCAUGACCGGUGCUCAUCAAACACUGUCGAGUGCCAUGGUCAGGAAGGCAAAUGCGACGAAGGACGUCGCGAGACUGGAAAUGAUCAAAGAUGCUCGAGAGGCAAUUGAGAAACGAGACAACCUGCAGAUUCAAGUCGAAAAACAGAGGAAGGAGCUCCUUGCGGUGGAAACCAAGCUCUUGAUGUGGGACAACAUCGCCAACAUGGCGGUAGAGAAUCUCAAGGAAGAUGAUCUGGAGCACCUGUUCCAGUUCCAGGGGUAG